UUUCAGAGCCUGCCUGAGCAGCUGGAAUAUUGGCCUGCAAUUAUUGCGACAGAUGUAUCUGUUUCAGCAAAGGGUGCCGAAACAACAUUGGGUGCCGUUUUGAUAGCCGACUCGAAACGUUUUCUUCAAGUAGACAAGUCAGUGAAAUGUAUACCGGCAAUGCCGGGUGAUGAAGCACCCACGAUGCUGCAGAUAGCCGAGAUGGAGGACAAUGAAACUGAGCCGCUACUGAACAGAAGCAAACAAACAAUAUUCCAGCGUACAUUGAGUGCCUUCAGAAAAUCCAAAGAUCCUACAAAACUACCACCAAUCGAAAAACUCGAUUUGGAGCAGGUCAUCGAUGAAACGCAAUACAGUUGGUGGACGAAAUAUUACAAUUCGAUUUAUACAUAUCAGGUAAGUGCAACAAAGUGGUGCCAUUCGCAUUUAUACAAGCACAGUCUGGUCAUCUAUCACAACGAGUUGGAGCGUCAGGCUGAUUUCAGCUAUUUGCACGAUUGGGCCGAACCCGUCAAAUUGGUGCAUGGUGUAAGGUAUAAAAAGAAUUCAAUGCCAAAAGAAGAAACAUAUGCGACACUGAAAUUGAACAUUAAGUUGGUACCCUGCAAGUGCGGCACCAAUGAUGGCGGAGAUGGCAUAAUGUUACGCCCAUUAGCAGCGGCGCUGAAUCCGCGUUACCAGGCCGAAUUGCACACACUCACCGAUCUCACCAAGAUUAUUGUGCGCGUUUAUGUGGUGCAAGGCGUACAAUUGCGUCCACAUGAUAAGAGCACCAAAUCGGAUGCUUACGUCAAAUUGCAUUUAGGCGGCAAGACUAUUGCGAAUCGUGCGUAUUAUGUGCCCAAUGAGAGUAAUCCAAUCUUUGGGAAGUGCUUUCAAAUGGAGGGAGUGCUGCCAAGGUAUUUAAAUAUGAGUGCACUAUGCAAAAUAGGAAAAUGA